UCCGCUGAGUCGGAAGGACGUCAAAAUUAUUACUCCGUGUAUACAUGAGUUGCAGCCCCUACAAGAGAAAAUCAGAAGUGAUUUGGAGUGAACACGCCUACUCAGUGGCUCCUGAGGGAGGUCUAGGCCUGUUUUGCCAGCCAGAAACAAGCCAGAAGACAGAAAAUAAGCGUCCGUGUCUGGGUUUGGUGGUGCCUCCCGCCACAAAGCCUGCUGCUUCCCACGUGGGCCCAGCAAAAAGGACUAUGCUCGUUGCAGGCACUGUUGAGGUGGAGGUAGGCGUAGCAGCCCUAGAGGACAUGGAGAUUGUUGAGGAGCCUCGUCCUGCAUCAUCUGGCAAGGAAAAACACCAGGGAAAUGCUGCUGCUGACAAGAUUCCCUGUCGAGAUGAACCUACCCCGGCCACCUCGGACCGUAAACAAAGGCGUCGUCUGUUCUUCCCUGUUGGCCAUGGGAAGACAGGCAGUGAGCUUUUCAGCUGGUUUGCUGCCCUGCUGAAACAACAUCCAGACCUGCAGCCACUGUACAAGGAGGGGCGGAACCAGUCCUAUAUAACGGUCAGUAUUGACUCCUCCUUUUACGCCACCCUGUUGAGUGAGGGCUUUCUGGGCCUGGUUAUGGAGUGCCCUGGCGACGAUGGCACUCACCCUGUUAUUAUCCAUGGAGUGGCGACCCACAUCAAUGUCAACCUGAUAGAGGUACCAGCUGGAUUCCAUGGGCUGAAGAGGAGGAUGGUGGGGCAGAUGGCAAGGCCCCAACUGUUGGGAGUGGUGACAGGCAAGGUGCCCACUGAGGUGAAUCUCCUGCCUGAAGACUACCAGCCCCGAGCCAGACCAGGGACAUUUGAAGACUGCCAGCUCCGAGCCAGACCAGGGAAAUCCGAAGACUGCCAGCCCUGAGCCAGACCAGGAACAUCUGAUGGCAGCCAUGCAGAUGCUGAUGGAGCAGAUGUCUCGCCUGACACAGGAAGUGGAUGGCCUGAAAACACAGAUGCAACACCAUCGCGAUGAACGGAGGUAGGGCCAAGGGUGCCUGAGCUGU